AUGUCGAACCCUCCAAAGACUGCUGGGAAGAAGAAUAAGAGCGCUGGCACGGGAGAGCCAAAGGAGAAGAGUGAAGCGCUGGCGUCGUCGUCGGCGUUAAUCAUCUGUCGGAAUAAGCAUUGGCGCUACAUCUCCUCCUUCCACGGCCCCUGGCUCCAACUGCCCCCCGAGGUUCUCACCUCUCUCCUGCAUAGUAACCACCACGCCCCCCGCCCGCGCCCAAUCGACCCCUCCGUCCUCUCAGAUCUCGUACAGAUCCGGCACCUCGUCGACGAUGCCACAACCCUCGCCGUGCGCGCCGCCUCCUCCUCCACCCCCCGCCUCUCCCGCGAACGCAAGCACCGCAUGCGCGAGCUCGCCACCCAGAAACUCUCGCGCGCCUACCACCUCGACGAGAUCGCCGCCUCGGUCGCAACAAUGCAGAGCGCCAGCUCCCUCGAGGACGUGGCAUCCCUGGUGCUCCAGCGCAACCCCGACGACCCCGACGCAAAGUACGUGCACUUCUUCCAUGAGAAGAUCCCGUCGCGCAUGCUCGCAAAAUGCACCAGUCUCGCCCCGCUCGACGAUGUGAUUGCGGAACGCCCCGGGGAGGGCGCGCCGCUGAGGACAAGGGCUGUUACAAAGGCGUUCAAAGACGAUCAUGUCAGCGCCGCGGCGGACCUGACGGCCGCGCUCAAUGUGUGUAAGCCAGCGAGGCAUGGGCAUGAUGUUGUAGUUGCGCGCGGCGGGGCAGCGGCGACAGAGGAGCAGCAGCAGACGCCGUCGAGUCUGGAGGCGCAGCUGCUGUUCCAUAGGGCGUCGACGUAUCUGACGAUUGCGUCGGGGGCGGUUGAGACGGCGCUGGACAGGCCAAAGGCGGGUGCGGCGCCAGUAGAUGAGGCGGAGAAGGAGGCGGCGCGGAAGGUCGUCAGGGCGAAUGCGAAGAGGGCGCUCAGGGACUUUGUCAGGUUCCUGGGGAACUUUGAGUACACGCCCGGGCUGCCGGCGGAGACUCGAGACGAGUUUGUGAGGAAGGUGAACGAGGAGCUGGGGCGUGGCCGCGGCAGCGAGACUGGCAAUACCGAGAAGGACGCCAAAAAGCUCCUCGAGAUGUUCUACCGCCAGAACAGCAGCAGCAGCAGCAAUGCCUCUGACAGCAGCAAUGGCAGCAGUAGCAACAGUAGUAGUAGUAGUAGCGCUCUUACUAGGACUAGUGGCGGAGGUGGUGGUGAAUUCAAAGAUCGGGAUUUAGGGAUUGGGGAUUUGGGACUAGCUGCGAGUAAUAGGUGCGCAAGCACGUUUCUGAAAAACAGUGGAAAAUGUCCCACGGUAUCCUUGAAGAAUCCAAGGUAUCUCUGCCUUACUCCAGUUGUAUUUCAUAGGUGGAGUGAUUUGACCGCACCAAGGGUGCGAGUGAUUAUCUGUGACUAUUGCUCUGGUAUUGGAAGGCAAUAG